AUGUUAUACUCAAUAGUUGUUAUAUUAUUUUUAUUCAAUGGAUACAAUGAUGCUCGAAAACUUAUUGGCACUCAUAUAUUAGUUCGCCAUGGUGAACGUACACCUAGUUAUCUAUAUCCAACAAACCCUAAUGAUCCAUCUAUUUGGUCAAAUGGUCUUGGACAAUUGACUGUUCGAGGAAGAUUACAACAGAUUUCUUUAGGACAAUAUAUUCGAGAACGUUAUUCAACUUUAAUUAAUUCUACUUAUGUAGCAUCUGAAAUAACAAUUCGAAGUUCGGAUUAUGAUCGAACACUUAUGUCAGCUUAUUCAAAUCUUGUUGGACUUUAUCCGUCAUCAAAAAAUUUUCAAUUACCAGAAAAUUUGCUUCUAUCAAAUGUUUGGCCAGAAACAUUACCUUGGCAACCUAUUCCUGUACAUACUAUUCCAAAAUCUAUGGAUCAUUUGUUGACAGUUGGCUCUUGUGAUCGAUAUGAAGACUUAGUUGAUGAAUUAAGAAAAAGUCCAAGAAUUCAACGUUUGAACAAUGAAUUUCGAGGUCUUUUCGAAUAUCUCGAAAAACAUACAAAUCAAUCCAUAGCUGAUAUCUUUAUUGCAUGGGAUAUUGCAGAUACAACCCUUAUCGAAGCUGUUUAUAAUGUAACUCCAGCAUGGGUUACUCCACCGAUUCUUCGACAACUUCGUCAAGUAUCAGAUUUAUGUUUCUAUCAUCUUCUUUAUUCAUCUGAAAUUAAUCGACUACGUGGUGGACCAUUAUUACAUGAAAUAUUACAGAAUAUUGAAAAUUUAAUAUCAAAUAAUGAAAAAGGACGAAAAGCUAAAAUUUAUUUUGGACAUGAUGUAACAAUUUCUGCUGUUCUUGCUUAUCUUGGUGUUAAUUAUGUUCAUCAACCACCAUUUGCUAGUGGAUUAUUUUUUGAUCUUUAUCAACAAGAUGAUAAUUCAUAUGCAAUUCAACUUGAAUAUUUAAAUAUGACAAAUAGUCGAAGUACACAUAUAAUGAUACUACCAGUAAUAAAUUAUAAUGAUGUGAUUAACAUUUUUCUUAAUCCUAUUGUUGUUUUAAUGACUACAUAUUCAGAAAAUAUAAAGACAACAACUGAAAUGUCAUUACCAUCAACAAAUAUACUAGGUCUGAUUGAUGAGGUUGUUAUUUAA